AUGGCCAUUGGUGUAUGGCGGGCACAGUCUUCCAGGCCUCUCCAGACUCCAACUUUCAACUUUCGAAUACUUUCCGCAGCUUUACUCAAGAUGCUGUCAACCUGUUUCUUGCGAAUCAUAAUGGUUGUACUCCUCAUCCAGUCGGAAGCCCCUAGCUUUGUGGAAGCCUUGGACUGUUCAAAUAUAGUUGAUGGGAACAUACGUUUUCCGUACCCUGGCUGCGCACGAAUACUUCCAGACAAAGUGCAUUUCGAAGGAAACAACGGACCAUUAGUACAUUAUAAGGUGGAGACCAUCAACGCUCCCACGAAUUCAAAGGGCAACCCGGACUGCUCCGCAACCCGGAACCAGAUCGAAAUAUGCUGUACCCAAAAAGGGGCGCCGGCACCAGAGGACAUCCUCAUCCGGACUUGGAUAGAAUUUUGCAGGUAUUCCAACGGUAAUGCGAUCCCCAGGAACCAAGGAUAGCGAAUCAACAGGAAACUCGAGGAUCCAAUCAAGAAUCUCUCAAACCCCCCUUUCGUUCAUAUCAUCUUUACAUCAUCCACUUUCAUCAUGGAAUGAAGAUCCCUAAGUUGCCAUGUUCCAAA